AUGGGUUGUGGAAAAUCAAAACAUGAUGUUGUUACGGGAAACACCAAGACAGUAAAAAAACCUUCGGAAGCUGAAUCAGUGAAAGGCAAAGAGAACGAGACAAUUAAAAGACAAGAAAGUUGCCGGUGCCAGAAAACAAAUGAUAUCUCCGCCGUAGUUUCCGACGACCGGUUAGAGACCACCGUUGAUAACAAUACCAAGAAACCGGAGGAAAAGGAAGCUGGAGGAGAUUGUAAUGAAAAUGUGGCGGAAGAGACGAAUGAUGUAAAGAAACCGGAGGAAACGGAAACUACGGUUAAUUCGCCGCCGGUGACGGCGAUUGUCCCGGAGAAUGUUGUACGGGAGUAUGUUGUACCGGAGAAUGUUGUGCCGGAGGAGACCGUUGACAACGUGAAUGAGAACGUUUUGCCUGUUGAUGAACAAAAGGAAAAAAUUGAUACUGAAACGGUGGUAGAAGAAGAGAAGGCUGUUGAGGGUAAAAGUGAUGGAGAUAGCGAUACCAAAAUUCAACUUCCUGAGGCUGAAGAACCCCAAGUGGAUGGACAAACAGAUGUACAAACUCCAGUAACAGCAGAAUUAGAAGUUGAUUCCAUCGAAAAUGACGAAAUCGCGGCCACGGAGAACGACGAAAUUCCGGUUUUAAAGGACGAAGAUAAAGUUGAUGUUGUUGAGGAAAAACCUGCCGAGAUAACAAAGGAAGUUGAGUCUGCAUGA